AUGGACCGCGUCUUCCCCGAGGCUUUGUCUCCGCUCAAGGAGGCCGACAGAGAGGUGUACGACUUGAUUCAAAAUGAAAAGAAGCGACAGAUCGGCGGCAUCGAGCUCAUCGCGAGCGAAAACUUUACCAGCGCGCCCGUGAUGGAGGCGCUCGGCUCGGCGCUCACGAACAAGUACUCGGAGGGGCUUCCCGGUGCGCGGUACUACGGUGGGAACGAGAUCAUCGAUAAGGUGGAGACGUUGUGCCAAGAGAGAGCGUUGCACGCGUAUCGCCUGGACGCGAAGGACUGGGGCGUGAACGUGCAGCCGUACAGCGGAUCGCCCGCGAAUCUGGCGGUGUACACCGCGCUUUUACAACCGCACGACCGUAUCAUGGGUUUGGAUCUGCCGAGUGGAGGACACCUGACGCACGGAUAUUACACGGCGCACGGGAAGAAGAUUUCGGCGACGAGCAUCUUCUUCGAGUCGUUGCCGUACAAGGUGGAUCCGAAGACUGGUUUGAUCGAUUACGAAAAGCUCGAGGAGAAGGCGAUGGAUUUCCGACCGAAGAUGAUCAUCUGCGGCGGGUCGGCGUACGCGAGAGAUUGGGAUUACGCGCGAUUCAGGGAAAUCGCGGAUAAGUGCGGGGCGAUGCUCAUGAUGGACAUGGCGCACAUCUCUGGUUUGGUCGCUGCGGAGGAACAGGCGCAACCGUUCGAGUACUGCGAUAUCGUCACCACAACUACGCACAAGUCCCUUCGCGGUCCUCGGUCGGGGAUGAUCUUCUUCCGUCGAGGCGUGAAUGCGAAAACUGGUAAGGACUACGACUACGAGUCGCGCAUAAACAUGGCGGUGUUCCCGUCGCUCCAGGGCGGUCCUCACAACCACCAAAUCGGCGCUCUGUGCGUCGCCCUCAAGUACGCGGCGACGCCGGCAUUCAAGGAGUACAUCAAGCAAGUCAAGGCUAACGCCAAGGCUCUUGGUGAACGCCUCGUCGAGAAGGGAUACUCCCUCGUCACCGGCGGCACGGAUAACCACUUGGUGCUCUGGGAUCUGCGCCCGCUCGGCCUCACCGGGAGCAAGAUGGAGUACCUGUGCGAUCUCCUGCACAUCACCCUGAACAAGAACGCAGUGUUUGGCGACGCGAGCGCGCUGUCCCCGGGCGGUGUACGCAUUGGCGCUCCCGCGAUGACGUCUCGCGGCUUGGUGGAAAAGGAUUUCGUCCAAAUCGCUGACUUCCUCUCCCGCGCCGUUGAUUUGUGCUUGGAGGUGCAACAGAGCCACGGGAAGAUGUUGAAGGACUGGAAAAAGGGCUUAGACGGCAAUCCCAAGGUCGCGUCGAUGCGCGCCGAGGUUGAGGCAUUCUCGUCGGCGUUCGACAUGCCCGCCUUCACGAAGGAAAGCAUCGACAUUUAG